AGAAGAAGAAGAAGAAGAAGAAGAAGAAAAAGAAGCUGUGUUUGCACACUCUACCGCUUUUCGUCUUUGUCUGCGGAUAGAGCAUGAAAACGCUCCGUAAUCAUACUAAAACCUCGGUAACAUGCAAUGAUGUCUCAAGUGAACAGUUUGAGAGAGUUUGUUAAUGAGAGACUGACAGCUGCAGCUGAAGAGAUAUUCGUAGUUAUUAAAAGAACUAUCGUCGAGUAUGAAGAAAAGAUCGACCGUCAGCGCAAACUGCUGGAUAUCGCUUUGCAACCCGAAUUAAAGCUGUCCCGGAUAGGUGUGUAGAGCUUUCUUUACAUUGCUCAAACAUAAAGGUUUAGAUAUAGAAGAAUCAAGAUAACUGAACAUAUUGGGCUAGUGUUGUUUCGUUCGUGAACGAUUCAUUUAAAAGAACUGAAUCUUUUAAGUGAACGUACUGAACCGAAUCACUUCCUCAGUUGAUUCGUUCGUUUUUCAAUUAAGUUGAGCUAAAGUGAGAGACAGCAUUGCCAGUCUAGCAGCCGGCGAACGAGGGACCACAUGCUCCGAUGCCUGAAUCACUUCGUGAACGAAUCACGCAUUGAACUGCACUACUACAAUCAUUUUUGUCGGACAAACCUCCCUUUUUUACCGCUAAAUUGCCACUACAACAACUUGCAUACAACACGACACAGCAUGUGACAAGUCAUGCAUUAAAUCCGCAGCAUCCUAUCACUGCUCCCUUUGCGAGGGAAAGGUGCAUGUUCAGUUUGAGGUCUUCUAAACGUUUACUGAACAGAUCACUCACAGAGCCUAAUUUACCGAACAGACCUGAUAAAUAGCAUACCACAGGAUAGUACACUUAAAACAUCAUGACUUAUAAACAAGUUCAUUUUUACAAACUGUUUAAUUUACUCGCAUGUCUACAGUUCUGUUCAGUGAUGAUAUCCGCAUUGUACAGUAUUCUCCUAAUGCACUUGUGUUCCUCCAGAGCAACAGAUCCACACCAGGGAAGAGGAUCUCUCCAACCAGCAGCUCUGUAACCAGGUGGAAAACUCCAGUCUGGACUUUGAGGACCCUGAGCAUUCACAUAUUAAAAAGGAAGAGGGGGAACUCUGCAGCAGUCAUGAUGGAGAGCAGCUUAAACCAAAGCAAGAGAACAAUACUUCUGUUUUGACUUCCACUCCUGAGGAAAAUGUCCACAAUGAAGACACUGAGCAUUUGACUAAUGAGUGCACUCAGGAUGAAGAAAAGGUUGGACCAUUUAUCAAUAGAUUUGCUAAUAAUCAUGUUGGACUAGAACCAAACACUGAGCACCCGCUCCUCUCUCAUAACACUAAAACUCCAGAUCACACAGGAGGUAAGCAUAAAAAGUCAAGAUUAAUAACAAAUACACAGGGGCAAGAGACUGUCUGCUGUGUUUGGACUCUUGUGAAUCAUGAGAGCAACGACAGUAGCCUAAAACCAACAACUAACCAACAGCUUGUCUUUCGUGGCUCUUAUAUAGCUGAGAGUCAAGAUCAGAGAGAACAUAGACCUGAAAACUCAGGAGCAACAGCAAGUGAAGACACAGAAUCAACUAAUCUACAUCAUAGAAUCAAAAGUCGUGGUAAUAAUAGGAGACAGUCCAAGCCGCAGACUCACCGAAGACGCAAAGAGCAGUGCAAAAUAUGUGCAAAGACUUUCAUGUUCAAGGCAAAUUUAAAGAUCCACUUAAGAAUCCACACAGGUGAGAGGCCAUUUCUUUGCAAGACCUGUGGGAAAAGGUUUUAUGACACUUCAGCACUGAAUAGGCACCACAGGACCCACACAGGUGAGAAGCCGUACCUGUGUAAAAUCUGUGGUAAGAGGUUCGCUCAGAUCUCUGGACUUACCAGGCACACAAGAACCCACACAGGUGAGAAGCCAUAUACAUGCUAUGCAUGUGGGAGAGCCUUCAGGUACAGUUUUGACUUGAAUACACACCGUAGAAAAGUUCAUUGUGGUCAGGAGCAGCAGGACCCUCAGAGAAGAAUGAUGGAAGAAAAUUGAAAAUACUGAGAAUUUACAUUAAUUCGGAGUAUGAAAAAUGUAACACUUGUAGGAAAAGAUUCUCACAAAAGUUUUAAUUAAAUGUGUUUUCAUUUAAUCUUUUUCAGCCCAAUUCCCUCAAACUUCAGAUCUGAUGGGAAAUAAAUUAAAAGACAAGACAAACACUGAGCUAAAACCCACCAGAUCAACUGUUUAAUUUGUGAGGGGUUAUGCGGAGAGACAUAGAGAUUUGAGUGGAUUUUUCUGGAUUAUUGGGACCACAGAUAUAGAGGGAUUUUGUCUCUGCUUAAAGAGUUACUCUGACAUGAUAACCUACACUCUGUAAACUAAUACAGUUACAACGCAACUACUUGUUACCUCCGCCAAGGAGGUUUUGUUUUCGGUAGUGUUGGUUUGUUUGUCUGUGAACAACUUUACGGAAAAAGUUACAGACAGAUUGACCUGAAAUUUUCACCAGAGGUGCGUCUCAGCCCCAGGAGGAUCCCAUUAAAUUUUGGUGGUGAUCCGGAUCGCCUUCUGGAUCCAGGAAUUUUUUGAAGGAUUCUUUAUCAUUGUGAUAUAGGGCAAAUUUUUAGCUUUUAGACGGGACUAUAUCCCAUAAUAUCUUCUGGCAAGUGUUACCUUCAUGCCCCAUCUUCAGUCUUGUAGAUUUCUCUUUUGUAGCCCAUUGUUAUUUUGUCCUUAAUAUCUAAAGAUGUUUGCGGAAUUUUCUCGUUUCUUGGUUUUCUCACCAUAAAAAAACGUUAAUUUAAUCAGAUUUAUUCAAGGCCUCCAGACUCUGUGUGCAGAGUCACAUCUUUGGAAAUGCUGUUCCCUACAUACAUGAUGUGCCAUCAAGAGGCAACUGACAAUUGUAGAAUCAAGUAUCCAGCCAUGUGGUAACUAAAACCUUAAAUCAAUAGCAACAUCUUUGUCAUUGUUUUUGAAAUAUUUUGUCAAGCAGACAGAGGGAUUUAAAACGGUCAAUCUGAAGCUUUGGGUUUGACAGUGCCAUCACUCUGAUGGGUUAAGAUGGUUUUCUUCUCAUGAUAUGAUUGUUAUCUAAUCUAAUUAAAUCAACUCUAAUCUAAUGUAAUCUAAUCUGGUCAUGUCGAUUACCCCUGUUUCAUUAACAAACGUGUUUCUGUUAAAUAAGUAUAUGUUAUGAUAGAGUUCACACAGGUUUUUGAGCUGUUUGUUGUUUAUUUAUUGUUCUUGUUCAGCAUUUCCUCAUUUUUAUGAGUCAAACUGGGAAAAUUAAUUAGCAGUGGUUUAAAGCAUUGAUGUUGGUUUAAGUACAACAACUAAAUGUCUGAAUUAAAGUUCCACAUUUGUGUGAAGUAGAUGUUUUACUCUUGGAGUCUUGGCUUCAAAUCACAUUAGAUAACACAGGCUGACCCAUUGUGCUAGCAACAAACAUCAGAUAAUUUACAACUUUUUUUUCCCUCUAAAGACAUUUUCAAUUACAGGGAUGAGAAGAGAAAGUCAGUGGGUGCCAACACUUUCUGUGCCUGAUGUCUGUCUUAAGAUCUUCCAGCAGAGUCUCACAAGCAGAUCUUGAGACUCACCUGGUCAUAAAAAGUCAUACAACUUCUUAAUGAGCUCUACAAAAACUGUGAAAUCAGUCAAACACUGUGUCCUCUUUUGAUUCUCUUAAUAAAUAAAACUUGUGUUGUCACACCUUUUCUUGUCCACUGA